GUUUCGCAUGGUUUCAAAUCAUCAGCAGUUGCUUCAGUACAGAAUCUACAAGAUCCAUGAAUGAGACAUUUUAACAAUCUGCUUUCAGCACAAAUAUUACACUGGUUACACCAUUUUUCUCUUCUCUGGUGUGUGUUUCUCCAAAGGACUGAUCUUAUUUUAAUGAAGAUGGAAAAACUUAUUAUUUUCAUUUUUUUGUUGCAAGGUAUUUGGUGUGGAGAUUGGAGCAUCAGUCUGCCAGAGAAGAUUGAAGCUCUGAGUGGAUCCUGUGUGACCAUAAACUGCAGAUUUGAUAUUAAUAACACAUAUGACAAAGAUCUCACUGACAGUGCUGCAGGAGUGUGGUAUAAAGAUGGGACUGACUAUCAAACAAAUGUAGUGUUUGACUCCAACAGGACCAAUCUCUAUUUUAAAGGGGAAAUAAUUGGAAAAUUAAAACGCAAGGACUGUACCACCAACUUUUAUAAUGUUACUUCAAAUCACAGUGGUCAAUUUGUCUUCAGGAUUGAGGGUAAUGGAAGACUGAAAUGGAUCUAUAAACAAAAAUCUGUUUCAAUAAAUGUGAUCGACUCUACACCCAAUCCCACAGUGCAGAUGUUAAAGGAUCAGAUGGAGGUUGAGGUUCAUGAGGAGGUGUUAGAGGGGAGCUCUAUGUGUCUGCGCUGCUCUGCUAAGACUCUCUGCUCCUCUUCUCCACCAACUCUCACAUGGAGCUCCACUGACAGACUCCACCUCAAUGAGAGCAGCAGACUACAGCUGGAUCAACAGAAUCAAACUGAGAUCAUCUCUGAUCUGAACUUCACUGCUACUCACCUUCAACAUGGAGUCACUUUCAUCUGCACUAUAACCUACCAGCUACAGCAGAGGAACACAACAGCACAGAGCUACAUCACAUUACGUGUUCAGUAUGCACCCAAAAUCUCUCUCUUCAGCUGUAACAGAACUGAUGUAACUGUGUGUUUGUGUGAGGCUCAUGGGAAUCCCUCACCUAAAGUGGACUGGUUUCUAUCAGGACGUCCUGUCAGUAACUCUACAAACACAUUCAUCAGUGAGGAGCGAUUGAGCAGCACAGACUUGAGGAGCUUCAUUUCUCUCCAUCAGUCACUUACACACACAGACACUCUGCAUUGUGUCACCAUCAACACUCACGGCACCGCCAGUCAACUGAUUCAACUGGAUUCCAGUACUCAGGAGAUGACACAUUGUCUGCAGAUUUUAAUUCCACUUCUGAUCAUCUUAAUACUGAUUCUUAUCCUGUAUGCUCUGACUGUUGGAUUUGCCCUUUACAGAAUUAGACAAUUGAGCAACAAGCUGAAGGUUCACAAUGAUACAGGCACAUAUGCUUCUCUUCAGCUCUCUGCUCCGGUGUCUGAAUAUGAGACUUUAAAUAUUAAGAAAGAUGACACAAUAAACAACAAAUAAACAUUUGGUAAUUUCAUCAGAUUUGUCCCUCUGAAUAUAAAUAAAUAAUUUAUUUUGAUUAAUUAUUAAUUAAACGUAUUAUACUCCACUUUCAUGCAACAGUGCAACUUUGAUGUUAGUAUUUUUAAACAUGUGUUUCAGAAGUGAAAAUUUGUGAAGUUCACAUCUUUGGCAAAUCAGAAAUACCAGCACUCUUAAUAUGUUUAAAGGGACCAUGCCUAAAAAAUAACUAUAAGCUUCACACGUUAUCACACUGGCAUCUGACAGCAACAAAAAUAUGUUAUUGAGCUGUAAAUGUCAGUGGCCAUGAAUUUAUGCACACAAUUCUUAGUAUUUGUAAUACAGUUUCUUUAAACUAAAUGUAGAAAACCCUGUUUGUUGAAAUGCUUUCUGAUUUUGAAUGUCUUACUAACAAUUUGUAUUUACAGAAUACAUAUUUA